ACCACCUCUCAAUACAAAAAGUGGGCAAUCCAGCUUACCCCUAUCAAAAAAUGCGAUGACAUUAUCAUUGAUCAACAACAACAACAAUCAAGCAGCACAAACAGGUUUUGACAACAUCCAAACCAGUACAGCAGGAAAAAACAACAAAAUGCCCCAAAAUAACAACAAUGAUAUGCAAACACCUCUAAACAACAAUCUUAAAAUAGUAAAUAUGCUAGCAACACCUGACUCUAAUACAGUACAGGAUCCACAAAACAAAAUGGAAACUGACUCAGCCUCAACAAUAUCUGCAAACUAUGAUACUCCAAAUACACUUAUCUACAGCCAAGCCGCAAAACAAAAUCUAACUGGAAAUCAAAUGCAGCUCGAUGAAGAUCCUACUCAGAAAUGGCUAGAACAUAUACAUACAGAACUUAACAAAGAAAUCUCACAACUAUACAACAAUACCAUAUAG